GUAUGAAGUGGAGCUCAGAGCUGGACUGCUGACUCUUACUCUCACAGACCAUAGGAUACUAUCAUCCUGCUACUAAGAACUGCUCUCGGAAAGGAACAGACAAACUUUUACUUUGAAGGAUUUUACUUCUGCUUAUAUCUUCCAAAAUGUUGCUCUGUCUAACAUUGCAGUGGAUUAUUUCAUCUCUGGUUGUCCUGUGCAGUGCAGCACUUUUGGCGGAGAAUGAGUGCCCAGCAGAGUGCUCCUGCCCCCCCUCUCCCCCAGCGUGUGCGCGGGGGGUCAGCUGGGUGUUGGACCACUGUGGCUGCUGUAAAGUCUGUGCCAAACAGUUCAACGAAGACUGCAGUGCCACCGAGCCCUGCGACCACAUCAAGGGACUGCGCUGCCAUCUGGGGGCCGGAGGAGACCCACACCGGGGCCUGUGCAGAGCUGAGGCCCUGGGUCUGCCCUGUGAGUUCAACGGGCGCAUGUACCAACAUGGGGAGCACUUCCAGCCCAACUGCCAGCACCAGUGUACCUGUAUGAACCGCGUGGUGGGCUGCAUGCCCCUGUGCCCACACCAAGUGCCCCUGCCUGACUGGCGCUGCUCCCGGCCACACCUGCGCCAGCCAGAGGGCACCUGCUGCGAGGAGUGGGUCUGCGAAGACGACAACCACAUCAGUGAGGAGCCAGACGGUCCGGGGCUAACCACUCUGCCAGACGGGCUGCCCCUGCCCAACCACAUCAGUCCACUGGGGCAAGAACAGCUCCCUCUGAGGCUGCCCAGAGAGAAGACUUUCAAAGAGAUGUUGUCCAUGCCACGUUCAGAGGUGCUGCUUGAGUCCAGCUGUUACCCACACUCGUCCUCCUGGAGUGAGUGCUCUGUGACCUGUGGGAUGGGCCUCUCCUCCAGGGUCACCAGACAUAACCCUCAGUGCCAGCCAAUCAAACAGAUCCGGCUCUGCCAAAUCAGGCCCUGUGAACAGCUCCCUGCAACUGUCAAGAAAGGAAAGAAGUGCCAGCGAAUGACCCAAUCCCAGGAUCCCGUCAGCCUAACGUUUGCCGGCUGCUCCACGGCCCCGCUCCACUGGCUCCGCUCCUGUGGGACGUGUGCAGACGGCCGCUGCUGUAUGCCCUCCAGGACCCGCACUGUCCGCAUGCAAUUCCACUGUCCCAACGGAGAGGACUUUUACCAAAAUGUCAUGUGGAUUCACCGCUGCAAGUGCUCCGACAACUGCCAAAUCGACCGCUUACUCAGCGUCUAUAACGACAUCCACAUUUUCACACACUGAGGGAAGGGAUAGGUUGUGUUCACGACAUUCUAGAAAGUUUUGUCAUUAUUUCAGAUUGAUGGCAGGGGUCUAUUAUACUUCUUCGGGGUUUUCAUGGUUUUUGAAGGAAAUUACCAAAUAGAAAAUACACUUACAUGCCCAGAACAAAUAAGCAUAAUCAAAUAACUCAAUAAUUAGAUCCGAUUUGUGAUGUUUUGGGUGUUUACAAGCACACAAGGAAUCUGAAAUCACCUGGUGAGUAACUGCUGUAUUUGUAAGUCCAGUUAAUUAUAAAAUAACUCCCUUUCAAUAUAUCUUUCUUUAAUUUUUGUCUAUGCCACAUUAGUUUUGAAUAAUUUUCUUUGUCAAAACCUGCACAGAUGUGAACAAUCAGAAAGAAGUCAGAUUACUCACACUAGAUGCAACUGUCACAUGUUACACUUCAAUAAUCUCCAAAAAUCAGACUAUGAUCAGAUUUGUGGUGUGCAUGUAAACAUAGUCAAGUAUAGGGAAUGUGUCUACAAACCUGCAAAUUAUACUUGUGGCGUUAAGUCCUUUCAACUGACAACAUUUGUGUCCGUGUGAGGGAAUAAUACUACCACUUUUUACUUAUUCUAUGGCUAUACAUGACUAUAUCCAAAGAGACAAGCAGGUGACCUCGGCAUGCAAAGUUACAUAUUUUACAUUUAUUUUUGCUGAGAGCCUUGAUACUGAACUUGAUGACAGUUUUUGUUUCAUCUGGAUAGGCCUAAGUCAUUGAUAUUAACCAAAAACAAGUCCAUCAUAGUAUUUAGACCUGCCCUUCAGCUCAAUGUUCAACUACGGACAGUUCAGAAUGUCAUGAUGUCACGUGAACCCAACCUAUUGUCCACAAAACUUGCCAAUUUAAACCAUAAAAAUAAAUCUUGGGAGAGAGAGAGGUGGGGUUUUCUGUUGCUCCUUCCAAAAACAACCAGAAAAUAUGUUCGCUUGCACUUUAAGCUUCCUGCCACAAAAUCAGUGUGCCUCGACUGGAUGUACCCAAUGUCUAGAAUGGGCUUUACUGAGGACUGUGAUGGCACAAAAUGAUUGAAACUACUAUUAUUUAUUUAAAACUUCCCUCCUAGAUGACGGGGGGGUGACGUAGAGUGACAUAUGGACAAACAUAUGGACACAAAUACGAUCAAACAUACAUACGCAUCAGUGGUUGUCACAAAUCACUGUUAGAUUACACAAGUUUCUGACAAAUGUACCGAUUGUACAUCAUGCAACUGCCAAUGCCAACAAUAGUGAAAUAUUUAGUUUUAUAGACUUCACUCUUGAAUGUGGAGUGAAUAUAUUUAGGAUCACCUCAUUUUUCGGGGUGUGAUUUUUUGUGUGUUUUUAGUGUAAAUAGUGCCUUAUUUGAACGAUGAAUGUAUUCUUUCUAUAUAUUUAUGUUACGUUUAAGUUGUUGUGCAUGUAAUAAAACCAUUCAAACAGUU